AUGGAAACUGUUCUGACAUGCGCUGUUAAACAUGGAAAACUAUCCAUGCUGCUUUCUGAGAAAGACAAUUACGGAGAAGACGUGCUAUACAAAGCAGCAGCAGGGGAUAAAGAAGACGUGUGUAGGUUCUUAGUUAACAACUUUCCCGACUUCAUAAACAAGAGAAACAAUGCGGGAUGGACGGCCUUGCAUUGUGCAUAUGAGGGUGGAAAUGUCGGGCAUUUAACUUUCCUUUCCGAUAAAGGUUUGGAUAUCGAUGCAUUAACCAAUUGUGGGAAAUGUUCCCUUCAUAUUGCAUGUUAUAGUGCUAAUUAUGAUGUAAGCAGGUAUUUAGCUGAGAACUAUACAAAAUUUCUACAUAUUAUUGAUAAAAGAGGACACACAGUUUUGAAUGAUGCAAGCUUUGGAGGAAGCGUAGAUAUUUUCAAGCUUUUGAUAACUAAAGGUUUAGACAUCAACUGUGUAGACCACGACGGAAAGACAGUUCUUCAUAUCUGCUGUUCUAAGGGAAGAAAAGAAAUGUGCGAAUAUCUGGUCGAGAAUUUCCCAACUUUACUCGAUAUUAAAGAUAUCAAUGGCUAUACAGUUUUACACGAUGCUUGUAUUGGUGGAAGGGUUGAUGUGGUGGAUUUUCUGGUCACUAAAGGCAUUGACAUCAAAGCCGUGACAAACAUUAAAACUUUGAAUGAACACACCUAUCCAAAAAAUAGAGAAAUGUCUCAGUCUUUGAAGAAAUUUAAAAAUAUCAAUGUCCUAGGAGGGAAAACGGUUUUACAUAUAAGUUGUUUAUACUGUAGAGGACAGAUAUGUGAGUAUUUGGUCCAACGUUACCCCCAGUUGAUGGAGGUCAAGGACAAUGCUGGUAACACAGCCUUACAUGAUGCAUGUCUGGGUGGAAAUGUUGGUAUUUUGUCAUUCCUUCUUAGAAAAGGUAUGGAUAUCAAUGCCUUAACGACCAUUGGUAAUUCAGUCCUUCAUGCUUCAUGCAUCGGAGCUAAAUAUCAUGUAUGUGAGUAUUUAGUUAACAACUUCCCACACUUACUGAAUAUUAUUAACAAAGAUGGUUACAAAUGUUUGCACAGCUCAGCCGCUGGAGCUUUGCAUUUAGCAGCGUCAAGUGGUAAUAUAAAUGUCGUAAAACUUCUGAAAGAGAAAGGAGUGGAUAUAAUGUCUACAGGUCUAAAUGGUAAAACUGUAUUGCAUCUUUCAAGCAUGAAUAGUAGAAAAGAAAUGUGCAAAUAUAUUCUUGAACAUUAUCCUGAGCUCAAGGAUACUAGGGAUGAAGAUGGUCACACAGCCCUUCAUGAUGCGUGUGAGGGUGGAGAUGUGGACACUGUGUCGUUUUUACUUGACAGAGGUUUUGAUAUCAAUGCAUUGACGAAUACUGGAAAAGAGAGGGACUACGGACAAAUUUUGGAAGAUCACUUCCGAGGUCAGGAUUCUCAUGUGCUAGUCUACAACAUUGUGGAAAUCCCAAAGGUAAAAAAUGCUCGGACUGUUUAA